AUGGAAAUAAGAGAAUUUCGACACUGCAGAGUAGUUUUUGGAUUAAAAUGCAGUCCGUUUUUAUUAGGUGCAGUGAUUAAUUCGCAUUUGGAUCAGUGUGAUACUUCUCUAAAAGAAACAGCUUCAAAAUUGAAAUCUUCAUUUUAUGUUGAUAUCUGUGUCAUCUCAGUCAAUUCGAAUGAAGAAGCAGAAGAUUUUAUUACAAAGUCAACUCGAUUGAUGGCAAGUGGUAACUUCGACUUGAGAGGGUGGGAGCAGACAGAGAAGAGCAAUGUGAAAUUGACAAAAAGUGAACUACUAAAAGUUAUUGGUCUUAUGUGGGAUAAUUUUGAAGAUUCACUGUUUUGUGACAUACCUAAUAUCGACUUAGAUGACAUCAUAGUGACAAGACGAAACGUGUUAUCAAUUGCACAGAGAAUCUUCGACCCAAUCGGUUUUAGCUGCCCUUUCACGCUUCGACCAAAGAUAUACUUGCAAAAUAGUUGGGAAACUAAAUUAAGCUGGGAUGCAGAGCUGCCUGAGGAAAUCAAAAGAAAAUUCUUGAAAUGGGUUAAGGAAUUGCCCUUGUUAGCAUCAGUAAAGAUUCCUAGGCAAGUUACUCAGACAGAUGGGCAAUCUUUUAGCCUCCAUACAUUUUCCGAUGCUUCACAGGGAUCUUAUGCGAGUGUAGUAUUUUUAAGAAGCCAAAAAUCAGAUGAAGUCAAAGUUACAUUAUUGCAAGCUAAAGCCAGAGUAGCUCCGUUGAAGAAAACAACUAUACCAAGACUUGAAUUGCUUGCUUGUCUUAUCGGAACGAGAUUGGCUUCAUUCAUUAAGAAGAACCUCAAGGUCGUAAUUUCAAAAGAGCAUUACUGGACCGACUCUUCGACAGCACUCUUCUGGAUAAAAAAGAAGAAAGAUUUAGAAGCUUGGGGAACUUUUGUGAAUUACAGAGUUUCAUAA